AUGGCGUCCUCUGCUCGGGCUUCCCGCCCCCCCGAAGGCGAAAAUUCGGAGGUGCUAUUCUGUCACGCCUGUCGGAACGAAUGGUAUCGACUCAACGAGUCUUUGAGUUGUCCUCGAUGCCAGAGCUCGUUCACCGAGAUUAUAGAUGAUUCCAACGAUCCGGAGGACGGUAUACGGAUUACAGGGUUCCCCUAUUUUACAGGCCUUACCGCUGCCCCCUCUCCAAGAGAAAACCCAUACGGCAAUUCGGCACAGCCGAACGAAGCCCAGUCUGCUUUUGGCGGCACUCGCCCCGAGCCGCGUUUCGGUGCGCAAAAUGACGGUGGCCAAACCAGCGACAGCGAACCCGCCCUUAGACGUUUUGACGGUGGCCAAAUCAACGACAGCGAAGCCGUCCUUAGGCGUUUUACAGAUAUGUUAUUCAAUGACUUCGGGGCUGGGAGAGCUGUGCGCUGGAACCCCGGGUCGGACGACCUAUUCCCGGCGGAAGAGAACCUGUUCCGGCCAGGGAGCAGGGUACAACAUACCACCGUGCGGACGGGCCCGUUCGGCGCGCGCACAAGCGUCACUGUCACAAGCAGAACCAUAGGUGGAGGCGGCCCCGAUCAGUCGCCGCUCAACGCGGGCACGUACGUCAUCCCUAUGGGCGACCACCCUCAUCCUGGCGGGCGGCGGAUACGCGCAAUCACCAUCAUCAACAACCGUGUAACUGACGCUAAUGAGCCGCUUAGAUUGUUCGACCAGCUCUUUGGCAACCCCUGGGGCGUAGCAGGUCCGGAGGACGCGGCCCGGCGGGAGCGCGGUGCAGUAGACCCGGCCUUCCCCCUGUUGGGCGGACUUCAGCAGCUUCUGAACACCUUGUACAACCCUGCAUCGGCAGUACGUGGUGACGCAGUCUUUACGCAGGAAGCACUGGACCGCAUCGUCACUCAGCUCAUGGAGGCGUCGCCUCAGACUAACGCAGCACCUCCUGCAACGCAAGCAGCCAUCGAAAAGCUGGAGAAAAAACAGGUAGACGACGCGAUGCUUGGAGCAGAGGGCAAGGCCGAGUGCACCAUCUGCAUCGACGAGAUCAAGAAGGGCGACGAAGUGUCAGUGCUCCCGUGUAAGCACUGGUACCACGGCGAUUGCGUCAUCCUUUGGCUCAAGGAGCACAACACGUGUCCCAUCUGCCGGAUGUCCAUCGAGAACCCGGGGGGCGGUGAAAAUAAUAGCAACAACAAUGGAAACAGCGGUAGCGGUAGCGGCGGCGGCAGCAGCAGCAGUAACAGGGAUGACGGUAACCGAGCGUCGCCUGCCGACCCUUCUGUAUCGAUGUCCUCAUCAGGCUGGACCUUUGGCAUCCCACCGCCAGUCUCCCCAGGCCCAAGCACCUUUUCCGCCUCCACUCGCCCCACCUUCGGGAGAAUUGGGAGCAGCAACCGGUUCCGCAGCGCUCGUGAGAACAUGGAACGGCUGGACUCGAUCCGUAAUCUGGCGACCGGCGUGGAACAGCCAUCAUCAUGGUCGAACUUCCAGCGGCAGAGUCCCCACUCGCCCCCGGGUGCCUGGCCGACGAUGUCGGACGCGGAGGAUACGAGCCAGGUAAGGGCUAGGAGCCCGUCGGCUCCGAGGGAGAGGGACACAGAGAGAGAGGGUGAUGAUGGCGUGGGACACGAUACGAGUGGCCGUGUACGCCCGGCCAGGAUGAAUAGUGUCGGGACGCAGGGCGGAAUGAGUUGGACCAGUGGACGGCGGUUGUCACAAACUGUUCGACAGUCCCAGUCCCAGUCCCAGUCCCAGUCCCAAUCGCAGCCGCAACAACAGGCCCCGCAGCAGUCACCACACCAGCCCCAACCCCAGGGCGGUUCGGGGAAUGGGCCGCUUGGGUGGUUCAGGCACUUUGGGCGAAGGAGCGGCUAA